GUCACUGUACUUGCAUUUUUCUCUUCAUCACACGCAAAUCACUGCGGAAAACUUCGAUUUUUCAAUAAAUCAGCGAGCGAAGAGUUUUCACUCGCUGUUUUUCCAUCGAUAACGGAAGUUAAAUUUUUGUUCCAACGAUGGACACAUCGGCAAUGUCGUUGAAAUCAACAGAGGACAUCCCGCUGGCGGACGAUGAUCUCGAAGUGAUCAUCAACGACGACGAAAGCUCCAAAUAUAUGCAAAACGGACGCUCGCUGGAUUCCAUCGCCAGCUCGUACACUAAUGGAAACUCAAGUCCCCGCCACUUCCUUGAGGCGGAAGGUCCGGAUGCGGACGAGCAAGAAGAACGAGCACGCCUCAUAACACAGGUGCUAGAACUGCAGAACACCCUUGACGAUUUGUCGCAACGCGUGGACAGCGUGAAGGAGGAAAAUCUUAAACUGCGAUCGGAAAACCAAGUUCUCGGUCAAUACAUCGAAAACCUAAUGUCGGCCUCUUCGGUGUUCCAAUCAACCAACCAAGGACAAACUUCCUCCGCAUCGAAGAAGAAGUAAGACCUAUUUUCAGCUUACUGUUGACUUCGAAAAAUAGCAAGUGAUAGGAGAUUUCCGCAGACCAAAGAGAACAAAAAAAAACAACUCGUUUUCACAAAGCAGAUUUUUCUUCGCGCUGGUGCUAGAGACAUACACAACACAUGAACAAAAUAUUGAAACGCUUUCACAUUCAACGGAUCGGUUGAAAUAGCUUUGUAUAGUUGGACAGUUAGUCCAAACGCGAUGUGCAAAACAGGAUUGUCGCUUAUUCUGUUAGAUAAUGAAUCAAAGUAACUAUAUAUUACUAUUAUGAUGAAAAGCAUAAAUUAUGCACGUGAAAAUUAGACACUAUUACUAAGACACAAGAUAAGUUGUCGCCUGAACAAUAACGUUUAGUUUGCGCCGUUUCACGUAGAUCGGAAGCUACUAAUAGAUUUUGUACGAUGCGUAACACGUAGCCAUGAAAUUUCUGGUCGUUUAGGUAUUAUGUUGAGGCAAAGCUAGCCUCGAGUUUAAAAAAAUUACCCUUCGGUUAACAUAAUUCUCUCCUCUCUCUAUACAUGAAUGGUUAAUACUCAUAGAUUUAACGAUUUCCUUAACUAUGCAUUUGUUUAUUAUCUAAAUAUCGGAUUUUAGUUCUUAUAUAUAUAUGUAUACGUUUAAGUUUUACGCAAUAUUGUGAUCGAAUAAGUCAUUUAUACUCUUUCUGAUUAAUAGAUGUAAUAAACCCUUCGCUUUUGAUCAAAA